AGCUCCAUUCAAGCUCUCAAGCAACAACCUCGAGUAGUAAGCUGGCAAUUCUUCUCUUCCCAUUCAGCCAACUAUAAGCCAUAGCUUGGUUGAACCAUCUCAUUGCUCUUCUCAUCAACUCGACCGUCUCAAGUUCAUAGCUAGUUAAGGUCUUGCAAUGGGUGGCCUCUCUGUUCAGCACCCGUGGGCCUUUACCUUCGGCCUCCUAGGCAACGUCAUCUCCUUCAUGACCUACCUGGCCCCACUGCCGACGUUCUACAGGAUCUACAAGAACAAGUCGACGCAGGGCUUCCAGUCCGUCCCUUACGUGGUGGCGCUCUUCAGCGCCAUGCUGUGGAUCUACUACGCGCUGCUCAAGUCCGACGAGUACCUCCUCAUCACCAUCAAUUCAGCCGGCUGCGUCAUCGAGACCAUCUACAUCGUCCUCUACCUCGCCUACGCGCACAAGCAGGCCAGGAUCUUCACCGCCAAGAUCCUCCUCCUCCUCAACGUCGGCGUCUUCGGCCUCAUCCUCCUACUCACCCUGCUUCUCACGGCGGGUGAGAGGCGCAUCGUCAUGCUCGGGUGGGUCUGCGUCGGCUUCUCGGUCAGCGUCUUCGUCGCGCCCCUCAGCGUCAUCCGUCUUGUGGUGCGCACCCGAAGCGUGGAGUUCAUGCCCUUCUCCCUCUCCCUCUCCCUCACCGCCAGCGCAGUCGUCUGGUUCCUUUACGGCCUCCUCAUCAAGGACAAAUACGUCGCCCUGCCCAACAUUCUUGGGUUCGCCUUCGGGGUUAUCCAGAUGGGGCUCUACGCCCUCUACCGCAACGCUACGCCCAGGCCGGCGCCCAAGGAGGUGGAUGCCCCCGUGUCCGACGAUGGUGCCGUCAAGGCGACCGAGCACGUCGUCAACAUCUCUAAGCUCGGCCCGGCGGCGGCCGCCGUUGAGCUGCCCACGGUGAAGGAGGGGGCGGCCAAGAAGAGCGGCGUGGCCUCCGCCAGCGACGACUCCAAGGGGACACUCGAGAAGCUUGACAAGGCAAUCCAUGUCGAGCAAGUCUAGGCAUGCAUGCGUUCAUGACACACGGAUGUGUGUAUAUGUCGUGCAUCCAAAUAAGCCAUGACGGGGAUCAAGCAAACAAGCGGUGGAGAAUGCAUGCGUGCAUGCAUGGGGCCUUGUAAAUUGUACGUAGUAAUUUCUACUGUCGAUGCUCCAUUCGAAUUCAAGUGGUGAUUCGUACCUAGUACGUAGCUCGUUGCAAAGUGUUCUUAUUUUAUUCUGGUCGUGUUCAUUAGCGUAUCCAUCCAGCACUUAGAUGUAACGGUCUUAUUAUAAUGAACCAGCAGGGUGAGCGCGUCUAGAUGUAAAUUAUAAUAUAUAUUUUCCAUCAAGUAUUGUUUUUCUUGAAGA